UUUAAUUCUUUCAUAUUCAUAGCCAGCCAUCUGAUUUUCACCCAAGUCCCAAGUCGUCUAAAACUUCUAAGCUUAAUUAUUUUUUUUUUGGUACACAGUGAAAAGAUUGUUGACUUUUCAACGCUAACGUCUCACACAAAUUUGCAAAAUGCCGAGAGACUUCAAAGCGCCUGUCAAUGUUUCGCCACUCAUUAGGUUUGGCCGAUGGAGCUUCUUGUUGUUAGGUGUAACAUAUGGAGCUACUAGACAUAGUUAUCUUCAAAAGAAAGAAGACAAAACAAAGGAAAUCCGUCAUAAAAAGAUUGCUGAAAGAGAAGCCAAGAUUGCUGCAGAAAAGAAGAAAUUUGUUGAAGAUGAAAUUAAAAGUUUGGAUGUCAUAUUCAAUCCUCCGAAGACUGUUACAUAAAGGAAGGAUGGCAGAAAUUUAGAUUGAAAAUAAUAAAACAAAUAUUGUCUCAUCAAUAUCAUAUAGAUUAAAUUUUUAAAUUUUCAUUUGUAGUUACUACUCCAAAUUAUUUUAAUGUGCAGAUAAAAUGUAUUCAUAUAAGAAAUAUGUACAGGAAAAUACAUGUUUUCUUAGAACUUAA